AAGAACACAUGAUUCAGACUCACAAAGGAACGCUUCCUCUUCCUCUUCUAUUCUUAACGCAAAACCCAAAAUCUGCAAUUUUUUUGGAAGUUCUUAGAUUAUUAAUCAUAAAAUUUCAAUAAAAGUAAAAUAAACCACAGAAAGGGAGUAGAAAGAUGAGAUUUUUGUGGUUAAUUGUGCUGUUAUACACUGUAUGCAACCAUGUUUUAGCUGAUCAGAUCUUCCCUGGUCAUGUGCUACAUUUCGCAGUUCUCGUGAACCUAAAUAUCAGAUCGACUUUCAUUCAGAAGACUCUCCUUUUCUUCCUUUUCUCUACAUCCCAUGGAGCCUGUGAGUUUCUUUGGUGUGAAGAAUGUCCAUGCAACAACCUAAUGACCAUUCUUUGGCUUUCUAUGUGAAUGAUGAUGACCAGGAGUCAAUAGUUAUACCCAACAAAAAUGGUGAGAAUUAUUUAUGCUUCUUGCCUAAGGUGGAGAAAGCCAAGAGUGAAAAACCAAUUACUCACCUAAAUAUAAGCAGCAUGAUUGUGGAAACUGAGGAACGGGUUAAAUUGAAGACACCAGAUGAGCUGCUUGAAGUACUGAAAGGCUCAUGCUUUGUCAGACAAGAGGGUUGGUGGUCUUAUGAGUUAUGCUAUCAGAAUAAAAUAAGGCAAUUCCAUGUGGAGGAUGAAAAGGAAAAGGCUGUCCAAGAAUUUAUCUUGGGUGUGUAUGAUGAAGAAGCCACGGCUGCAUUCAACCAGAAUCUUUCUGACAUUUCUACAUUGAAGGAUCAUCGUUCAAAAGAUGCAUCUCAAAGGUAUCAUGCUCAUCAGUAUACAAAUGGAACCAUAUGUGAUCUUACAAAUGAGCCACGAGAAACUGAGGUGAGAUUCGUAUGCUCAGAGCCCAGAGCUAUGAUUAGUUCUGUCAUUGAGCUAUCCACGUGCAAGUAUGCUCUUACAGUACAGUCUCCAAUGCUUUGCAAGCACCCAUUGUUCCAAGAAGAGAGACCAGUGUGGCAUACCAUUAAUUGCAACCUUCUUCCCAAGGAUUACAAAGAAGCUAAGCCAGAUGAAGUCGAAACCGAAGAUGAGCAGAUUUUUAUGGUGUCUGACGUUGAAUCAUCUAAUUAUGAUUCAGAUGAAUAAGCGACGCAGAGGGACUUUUGUCAAUAUGGAUCAAAUUGAACGAGCUAACAAAUUGUGUUCUUCGUGUUUUAUAUGGCUCUUUCUUCGCAAGUGCAACAAAUGGUCCAUCACUGUCAUGCCAUUGACCCAACGAGUUGCUUUUCCUAGACCCUCUCUUCUUAGAAAGCAGACAACAAACAGUGUUAAGACAGUUUUAAUGGAACUUUGGAUAACUCCAGGUUGAUGAAACUGAUCAGAAAAUACAUGUAAAUUUUACGGAACAAGACAUUCCUUGAUGCGCCAAAAUUUUCUUCCAUUUCUUUCCAUGCAUUCCACUAAUUUGUUGCUUUCCAACAUGCCGAUUUUUGCUUCGUGAUGGAAGGCAGUGGUGAGAACAUUUUGAGAACAUAGUUUGGACCAGUAAUAUUUGGGACGCACAGAAUUCAAUUUCUUUUGAUUCCCAUUUCUCAAUAUUACUAAAAUAUAUUUUGUAUUCUAA